AUGGCUAUUCUGAAAUCUGUUCCUGGCAUUGAAGUCAGUAUCUGUGUUGACAAUGAACCGCUAAUCGAACACACCGAUCGAAACGCGAAGGCCGAGCAGAGUACCGUCUUGAAAUAUGUCGAGGUGGUGCCAGACAAGGAAUUCACAAUCAGAAUCACUACUGAUAAAAGCUUUAAAUGGACUAGUCCGUACAUUGUUCUAGACAUAAUGGUUGAUGGUAUGGAAAUCAGAACCCUUCCGAUUGGCCGCCAGGAGUUCGACGAGGAAUUAAGAGACGAGAUCGAAGAUGAUUUAUCGCGCUUCAAGAAGACGGGCGAAGUAAAAGUCGGCCUUUAUCGGGCAAAGUCUGUCAGAAAGCUGUCGGCAACCCAAGCGCGCAAGCAUUGCCCGAAUUUUUGGAAGCAACCUGAGUUGAACGAUCACUUGAUCAAAGACGUUCAUUGGGACGCGAUCAGUGGACGUUUGGAAAGCCAGUCCCAUAUUGCAACCUUGGGACCUGCUAAGCCCGCCGUUGAAGAUCCAUGCAUCAGGGCUGUGUACGACGUGAAAUAUAUGGAUUUCGAUCGAUCUAGGUCCGUUAAACCCCAGGGAGUCUUCAAGUUGAGAUAUCGAUCUAAAGAAUCUCUUAAAGCCCUUCUUGUUAUCCGCUGGGAUGAUGCAGCAAUCAAGAGGGAGCCUAUGAUCAAGAUCGAAAGCGACGACGAAGACAUGGUCGAAGAUGUGGCUGAAUCGGUCAUCAAGCGAGAACGCGAUGAAGAUUUGAUCGAGUCAUCUAUGCCUGCUAACAAAAGAGCUCGAUCGAGAAGAAGUAAAAAGUAG